GAACAACAAAAAACUUUGUUAAGUCAGCACAACCUUUCAUAAAUAAUUCCAAUAUUGGCGACGUGUAAAAAGAACUGAAUAACUUAAUAUAAAUUGAAAGUGAAGAGAUGGCAGACACAGUAGCGGACGCAGUUCAGCAAGCAGCUGAGAAUAUCACCGAGAAUGCUAACGUGAAAGUUCCAGCAACGCCUGAAGGAAUGGCGCUCGCAUACGGAUCACUUGUUAUCAUGGCCCUUCUGCCUAUAUUCUUUGGCUCGAAACGGAGUGUUUCACAUCAGAAAGAACAAAAAGAAUCAACAGAGAAGCCCGAUAUCAUGACGAAAAAGGAUGCAAUGAUGUUUCCUAUUAUUGCAUCUUGUGCAUUAUUUGGCUUAUAUAUUUUCUUCAAGAUCUUCUCAAAAGAGUAUAUUAAUCUUUUGCUUACUGGAUACUUCUUUGUAUUAGGUGUGCUGGCAUUAGCACAUCUUCUGGCUCCCAUCAUAAUUGCUAAGUCAUUUGAGGCACCAAUCAAACUCGUUUUCCCACAAGAUCUUAUUGCAAAUGGUCUCAGUGCAUCUAACUUCGCUAUGUUGGGACUUGGUGAUAUCGUUAUUCCAGGAAUUUUCAUUGCUCUUCUUCUCCGUUUUGACUGCAGUUUAAAGAGAAAAUCGAGUUUGUAUUUCUACGCAACUUUCAUUGCAUAUUUCAUGGGACUGAUGGCUACAAUUUUUGUCAUGCAUGUUUAUAAACAUGCACAACCAGCUUUACUUUAUCUUGUCCCUGCUUGUGUUGCUACACCAAUUCUUCUUGCUGCAGUCCGUGGUGAACUUAAAAUGCUUUUUGCUUAUGAAGAUCAUCCAGAAGAGAAAAUCGCUGGCGAGAAGGAAGAAAAGUCAAAGCCAGAAGCAAAACAAGAAAAGAAAAAGACUAAGUAGACAAGUAUUGUCACUUCAUCCACCUCCGGAACUGAAAACUUCCCCUGAAAAUCUGAAAAUUUUUUUUUGCUUUGCUUUCCUUUAAAAUAAAAUAAAUUUUAGAGCAUUUUUUUAUGAAAUUGGAGAAAUAGUUUAGAUUGUAAGAUUGCCGAUCCACAUAUUUAGUUGAUCGCGAUACUUAGUAGAAAAUCACAUUAGAUUCGAUCAAUGCUGUGAUUAAAGCUUUUCAAUCAGUUGUCAGGAACGAAAUAUUUAUGGAAAUUUGUGCUUCUUUUAGUCUUGUUUUAGGUUUUUUAAACAUUUUUUAUGCACAAUAGUAAGAAUUUUAAAUAUCUACGUCCUUAAAAAAUAAAAAUUAAUGAAGAAAAUUUGAA